UCUCUGUACCAGGAAGUGAAGGUCUAUGUGAUGUCAGUCCUCUCUGUGAUUGGUCACAGCUUCUCGUCUUGUCCAGUUUCUCCCCCACAGAUAAUAAAUUCGCCACCUGCUCAGACGACGGCACGGUUCGGAUCUGGGACUUUUUGCGUUGCCAUGAGGAACGGAUCCUCCGAGGUCAUGGUGCUGAUGUGAAGUGUGUUGACUGGCAUCCCACUAAAGGUCUCGUAGUCUCUGGCAGUAAAGACAGUCAACAGCCAAUCAAAUUCUGGGACCCCAAGACUGGACAGAGUCUGGCUACACUCCACGCCCACAAGAACACGGUGAUGGAGGUGAAGUGGAACCUGAAUGGUAAUUGGCUGCUGACGGCAUCACGUGACCACCUGUGCAAACUGUUUGACAUCAGAAACCUGAAGGACGAGCUGCAGGUGUUCCGAGGACACAAGAAGGAGGCAACGGCUGUUGCCUGGCAUCCCGUCCACGAAGGUCUGUUUGCCAGCGGAGGUUCUGAUGGUUCUCUGCUCUUCUGGCACACUGGGGUGGAGAAGGAGGUUGGAGGGAUGGAGAUGGCUCAUGAGGGGAUGAUCUGGAGUCUGGCAUGGCACCCGCUGGGUCACAUCUUGUGCUCUGGCUCCAAUGACCACACCAGUAAAUUCUGGACGAGGAAUCGACCAGGUGACAAGAUGAGAGAUCGUUACAACUUAAACCUGCUGCCGGGGAUGUCGGAGGACGGCGUGGAGUAUGACGACAUGGAGCUGAACAGCGUGGCCUCCAUCCCUGGUAUGGGGAUCCCUGAGCAGCUGAAGGCCGCCAUGGAGCAGGAGCAGAGCA